GUCUGCGACGCUGCUCACCGCGUCUGUGACCGGUGCAGUAGCGCUGGAGUGACUUGGCAAGCUGGCCACGAUGCCUUCGAAGCGACCCAUGGCCCCGAAGACCCCAACACCGUCUACAUAUCCGGCUUCGGAGCGAGGGAGGGGGACCCAGCCUUCAGCGAAGUCCAGGACUCGGUCUCCAUUGCCACGCUCGCGGAGCAGCUGGGAAUCUCAGAGCAGGCCGUCCGGGAGUACCUCAUCCAUGCCCUCGGAGGCGCUCAGGAGUUGUUGCAGGAAGUGGAGCGAGAGAUUGGAUCUCUACCUCCCGACCAUGAGUUUGCUGUGGCGGCUUUCUGGACGGUCGCCUCGGGGCGAGCACACAGCGCCCGGGCCAAGGCGCAGAGGAGAUUGGAGGACCAUCGACGUGUCCGGAUCCGCCACCUCACUUCUACGGGCCCUGGUUCUGCGGCCCCUACGUUGAUCCAGGAUGCUGCACACGACCCCUAUGCCAGGGAGGUCCUCCAGAAGAAUGCCAAGUUGGAG